AUGUGGAAACGACUGAUCCGAGGGUGGAAAAUUAUCAAGCAGUACUUCAGUAACUGCGGGAUCCACGGUGUCAGCUAUCUCGUGGACGAUCAGCUUUCGUAUCCGGAAAGACUCUUUUGGCUGGUCUCCUGUAUCGUGUGUUGGUACGGAUGCACCAUUAUGAUCAGAGACGUUGUAAGGGAGUACAUCAUGUAUCCCAUUGCCGUAACCGCGGAGACCAUGUACCUCGAUUGGGAGACACCUUUUCCCGCAGUAGUUUUUUGUAUUUCCUCUACGAAGAAGAUUAAGAGCAAAUACUUCAGACGGAAUCCUGCGGCGUUGACAAAUUAUUCUAAUCCGAAUCUGCUGCUGGCGACGUCGGAGGAGCUUCUAUCCGCAUACGAGGAGAUGAGGUUUCCUUGCACGGAAUUGUUGGCCGAGUGUACGUGGAACAAUAUGAAGUUCAACUGUUGCGCCGAGUUCCAGGAAUUGCGAAAAACAGGCGUCGGUUAUUGUCUCGCUAUGAACACGUAUCAGUUGGGGGACAAUAGCGUGCGGUACUUUGUCAACCGGACCGUGAAAUACGGCGAUCUCGUCAUCGAUGUUCAUAUGGCCUCGAAAACGAAGAAUUAUCUUCUCACCGAGUUCACGGUGCAUUUGCUCAACAAUCUGCAGCUGCCGACGUUCAAGAAUUUAGACAACGAUGUGAUACGUAUGACGGCUGGGAAAACGAAUCGCAUUGAAUUCACGAUGGUAGACACGUUCAACGAGGCCGGCGUGGAUAAAGUCGCGGUAGAGUACAGAGAUUGUCGGUUCCAGCAAGAGAAACGGCCGAAUAACAUGUUCGACAUAUACAGCAGCGACGCGUGUUUUCUCGAGACGGUUAUAAAUCGGAUGAUCGAAUUCUGCGGAUGCGUCAGUUUUUACUAUUUCGUGCCGAACGGUGCCAGAGUCUGCAACGGAACCGAGAUGACGUGUAUAAUCGCUAACAAGACGGAGAUAACGUACCAAUCGAUGGGCCAACGUUGUCUACCGAACUGCGAAGGGACGUCGCUGACAUUAACUCGAUGGGACCCGCACGACUACGAGUCCCCGGGUCGAUCCUACUCGCGGUUUCAUUUCGCACUGCUGUCUCAUCCAACCGUGAGGUACCGGCGAUACGUAGUCAACGAUUUAUUGGACGUUGCAGUUUCAGUCGGCAGCGCGAUCGGUCUCUUUAUGGGCGCCAGUAUUUUGAGCAUCUUCGAAAUACCUUACUGGUUAUUUAUUCGCCGCGACAAGAUAACGUAA